AUGGAUAACGCACCGCCAAGACACCAGCCGAAUAGCGAACUGUCGCACCGAUCAUCAAACACCCAGGAUAUCAAUACUUCAACGAAAAAUGACAAAGGGGAUACUGCACAGCCUUCUCAAGAUCCGAGGCGGAGGAUCCAAGCAAUCGAAAUUCCGAAUCAUCACUCUACAAUUCAAUUUCAUGCGAAAAUGGGUGGUUCGAAGACCUCACUUGACCAAGAACCCGAAGUGGAGGAUACAGACUCGGACGGAUUUCCCGAUAAUUUAGUCGCCGCCGACACAAGAGCUAAACCCAAAGGAAAUGGGAAGAAGAAACACAUGGUCUUAGAGGAGGAUUUAUACGAGGCCGAAACUUCUGGUGAGAAAUCGGAUCCAUCUUCAACAAAUUCAUCACCAAGAGUAAAGCGUAAUAAGGGAAAAGGCAUCGCACUUCCCUCCGAUGAUGAAACACCUGAACUUGGGGAUGAACAUGUUGCUACUACCACCUCAUCAUCUCCUGAAUGGACGGAAGAAGAUCAAAUCUUAUUGGAUUGCACAUAUGAUUAUGAACUUGCCCUAUGGCGGAGGACACGGGUACUUUUUAAUUGUGCUCCAUUCGAUCUUUUUCCAACGGGAAUCAAAGCGGCUAGUGACCAUUGGGAAGGUUACAAGUAUAAGGAUAAAUUCAUCAAGAAUGAAACUUCACUAACCAUCCCAUUCUGCAAAUCAUUUUGUACAUUGGUUUGUUUCCCCUACUUUGAUGGCGAUAAAGAAUUCGUCAAGUACGCCUUGUCUACUGCCCUAAAGGCUAGAUGUGGAGAUCAAAUUCCGAACACUUUGGAGGGAAUGAACACUUGGUCGACUUUUACAGCGCAAUGCGAUGGUCUUAUUGAGGACAUGAAUAGAUCUGAGAUAUACUUCACACAAGCCCAGAUUUUAAGUUUUAAAAACAUACUCGCCUCCCGUACAUCACUCCUCGGACUCCCAAAAAACUCGGCUUUUGUGGAUACGAAAAUCUUCAAGGAAAUUCUGAAAUCUACAAGGACUUUAAAGGAAAAAGGUGAUUCGAUUCAACUCUUGAAUGGGGACAUACAAAAUGUCAUCAAAGCUUGGGAUAUGUGGAAUAAGGAAUCAAGAAAGAAUCUUCCCUCGAUGGAAGAUUCAAAAGAUUCUUGGCAAAGAGGAAAUGUUAAAGCAAUGAAGGUACCUAGGGAUAUAGUUUUAGGUUGGAAGAAGGAUUGGAUUCUUAAGAAGAGGCGUCGUGAUAUUAUCGAUAUGGAGGGAGGAAAUUUGGGUAAUGAAGAUGGUCAGCCAGGUAACCAGAUCGAUUCUUCUCUCUCAGAAGGCGUUAUCAUUUCGGAAGAUGAAAAUACAGCCGAAGAUGAUGAAGAGAAUCAGAGGAUAGAGGAGAUUGAGAGGAAGAUAUUAGAGAUUGAAAAGAAGCGAUUGGAAGUACAUGUGGACAAAAGGGGCAGGGCAUGA